AUGCACAUGGUGGUAGUAGUAGCAGAUCUUAAGGUAUCAGAUUCUCAGGUUGAGGAGCUUGAAGAGAUGGUGUCAAAGUUAGCCCAGUUCCAAACCAACAUCAUCGUCCUCGAAAGUUGUCUCCUAAUCACGGGGAGUUUGAAAGAGCCUCAUUGGCUUCCUCCACCCAUGUUUUCCACGUUCAAAUGGCAAGAAAAGGGGCAUGGCGUCAUCUGUGACCAAAUGUACUGGCUACAACGCGAAGACUUUUUUCUAUUUGAAGUGGACAAGUAUGAUUGUGUUUCAAACCCUUGUGACUCAUCAUCACUUGGUUUUGAGCCUACUAUAGUGAAGUAUAAAUUCAUCCACUAA